AGUUACCUCCAGUCGAUCGAGUGAAACAGCUGUGCAGUGGAAAGUGAAUGAAAUCAUGGCGUUACCGUGAGAGGACAACGCGAAAACAAUCAGUUUUGAGAAGCAGUGAAAGGACACUGAGCGUCCAUCGCGAUGGACAAGCUUGAUAUGAAGAAUGUGAAAAUCACGCACAAAGGCGUGCUGCAGCACAAUCCCGAUGGCACCACAGAGAUACAGAAGAUCACGCAGGCCGGCCUGGUGGCCAGGAGUCCCGAGGGCACGGCCGCCAAGGGGAUGAACAUCCGCGGCAACGAGGACCUCUGGGUGGAGAUCCAGGCCAACACGUUCAAGAACUGGGUCAAUGAGCACCUCAGGGACACGGGAAUGAGGGUGGCGGAUUGGGCGACGGAUUUCUGCAAUGGCACUCACCUGUGUGCUCUCGUCGAGAGUCUCCAGCAGCGCCCCUUGAAGCCCUCCUGGAACCAUCGUCCGGCCAACCAGCACCACUUUCUGGAGAAUGUCACCAAUGCCCUGAACGCCAUUGAGAAGGACGGCGUGAAGCUGGUCAACAUCGGCAAUGUGGAUAUUGUGAAUGGGAACGUGAAGCUCAUCCUGGGCCUCAUUUGGUCCCUGAUUGUGCGCUACCAAAUCGGCAGGAGCAAAUUCCCGCCUCGGAAGCUGAUGCUGGCAUGGCUGCAGGCCGCGUUGCCGGAGUGCAAGAUCACGAAUCUCACGACGGACUGGAAUAGCGGCGUGUUCCUGUCCGCGCUGCUCGAUUACUGCGAGCCUGGGCUGUUCCCGCACUGGCGCAGCCUCGAUCCUAGUCAAUCCAUCAGGAACUGCACGAACGCCAUGAACAUCGCGCAGCGAGAGUUCGGCAUCCCGAAAGUGUUGGAGCCUGAGUAUCUGGCGUCGCCAUGGCUGGACGAGCUGUCCGGCAUGACUUACCUGUCGUACUUCAUGAAGCCCGGUGGGCCAGGAUAUAACGCCACGAUGCGCUGGGUCAACACUCAGGUCCAGCGUCCAGUGGCCAACUUCACGACGGAUUGGAACGAUGGCAGGGUGUUUUCGGAGAUCAUCAAGGGCUUGGGCGGUCCAGCUCCGGACCCGGACAAGCUCAGGCUGGAUCCGACGCACUGGGAGUCGAACAUCAAGAAAGCGGUGGACGCCGGAGAGAAGCUGGGCGUUCGUCCAGUGCUGAGUCCCAAAGACAUGGCGAAUCCGGAGGUGGAACAUCUGGGCAUCAUGGCGUACGCGGCGCACCUUCAGUGGGUGCCACCUCGGCCGCCGCUCUCCAAUCUCCUUGCCGUGCACCUGGAGAGCACGUCGGGACGCGUCGGAGAGCCCACGCACUUCAGGGUGGAAGUGCUAACGCGCGACAUUGAGAUCAGCAGCGUGCGCGCCUUUGUGCUGCCGCCGCACGAGAAGAGUCCGCAGUUCGUGAGGCUGAACUCACGUGGGCAGGGCACCUUCGUGCCCGACAAAUAUGGCAUGCACGAGAUAGUCGUGGAAGUGGACGAUGGAAGACUCGGCGGUCACUUCUUUCGCGUCCUGCCGCGCUUCCUGCAAGUGGCACCGCCGGGAAUGGCGCCGUGCGCCCUGGGCAGUCUCGUGGAGGUGCUUGUGAACGCUACUGGAGCGCCCAAGUCCGAGGACAUCCUCGUGACGGCGUACAGUCCCACGGCCAGGGCGCUGCGCUGCCCGCUGAAGAAGGUGGACGAGGGACACAGUGCCAUAUUCAAGCCGGACGAGGCCGGGAUCUGGGAGAUCGCCAUCACGUACCAGGGCCGCCACAUCCAGGGCGGGCCCUUCACCUGUGCCGUAUUCGACCCCAGCGGCGUCUCCGUGCACGGACUGGACGGGGCGCUACCCAACAGGGCGCACUCGUUCGAGGUGGACGCCAGAGGGGUCGGUGUGUCCGGGGAGCUCUUCGUGGACAUCGUACACGAGAAGCACUCACUUGUGUGCUCAGUGGAGAAGCUGGUCGAGAACAAGUACAGAGUGACCUUCAUGCCUAGGCAGAAUGGCAAGUACCGCGUUUACGUGUACUUCAACGGCUACGACGUCAAGGGAUCGCCGUACAUCAUGCGCGUGGGCACAAAAGGUCGCUCUGGGAAGACUAGAUCCGGAUCGCACAAUGAGAAGCUGCGAUCCGAGAGUCCCUCAGUGCACUACACGAGCACCACUUCAACUGCCCGGCGAUCGUACUCUCCGCAAUUCUCCCCGAAGUCUCCGUCGCCCAGCAAAAGCUUCGGCAAUGAAGUCUACUCUUCGAGCUACAAGUCAGAAUCCCGGAAGCACGUCGAGAGAUCCUCACCCAGCCAGGAAUUCUACCUGAACAGCGACUAUCGCAGGACUCCCAGCCGAGACGAUGUGGAUCCCUACACUGCCUCCUACACUUCCAAGCUCUUCUCCGAGAACUCCAAGGCCAACUCCGUCAGCAGGCGAGGAGAGUCCUAUAGUAGUCCAGUAUCCAGUCCUGUCACCGUUCGCGGCAAUUCCGCGGUGAGAAGCAGUCCAGUCACAGUGACAACCACAACCAGAUACGAAUCCACAACCAGGAAUGUCACGUCCAGUCCCCGAUUGACUUCAGUGUCGCCGCCGCCAAUCCGGCAAUCCGCCUCUCCCAGCUAUAUCACGACCUCAAUCAACAGAAUCUCGAGCCCCGUUCCCAGUCCUUUGGACUCAUCCCGGCUAGUCAAGCAGCAGAGCUCAAGCUACAAGUCUUCCUAUGUGUCAUCCAGUGAAAAUGUGCGCUCCAGUCCACUACUCUCGCCCACAAGACACACCAGCGGCUCGCCGAAUCCCUUUGGUGUCGAUCACUCGUCCAACAUACGAGUGUCGGCGACCAAGAACGGCGCUGCCAGGAGAGACAGCUGGGACGCCAUCAACAAGACCAAGCACAUCCUCUCGCACAAUUCCCUGGAAUCUCUGGCCAAUAUGACGGAAAGCCAACUCAACACGGACAUCAGCUACACUCGCCCACGCGACAUUGACCACGAAACCGAGAGAAACACGCAGUUCAACAAGUUCGCUCUGCACGAGGGCAGAUUCAGCUCCAGUCCCAACCCGACGUCGCACUACUCCACCAGCACCGUCAAGGAGACCAGUGAGCGAGUCGUGACGUCGGAGAGCAGCGGAUUUGGGUACUCUUCGCCCAGCAGAUUCCUGCCCAUCGACAAGGACGUCACAGGCGCCAGAGCGAUCUUCGUGCAGAACAUCCCGAAUGGCAUUCUAGGACGACCAGUUGAAUUUGAAAUUGACGGAUCGCGCGCUGGCAGUGGAAAUCUGGAGAUUCUCGUGAAUGGUGGCAGAGUGACGUCUUCCGUGCGUGCUCUGGGCGGCCAGAGAUUCGUGGCGAGCUUCACGCCGCACGAGACGGGCGUGCACAAGGUGCAGAUCACAUUCAAUGGUGAAACCGUGCCAGGAUCGCCGUGGCACGUAGAAAUCAUGUCGUCGCCUGGAUUAACGCCCUUGGGUGAGAGCACCCGCCUCGUACCAGCCAACACGCCGGCGGUUUUUGAGAUACUGCCGCCUCCUGGAACAACCCUCACGCGAGGGGAGUGUGUAGCCAACGUGCUUUCGCCCAGCAAGAGCAAAGUGCCGGCUAGAAUCACCCACGAGGCGGCAAAUGGUGCCAUGCGUAUCGAGUUCGUCCCCACUGAAGUCGGUACGCACAUCAUCGAGGCGUCAAUUGGCGGCUCCAAGAUCAUUGGCGGCCCCCUAAUUGCAAAAGUGUACGACUCGAGCCUGAUCCAGGUCACCGACGUCAACGGUGGCGUUGUGGGUCAGAAGAUUCAAUUCCGUGUGGAUGCGAGUGCAGCUGGCGAGGGUCAGCUGGAGAUUUCCAUCAACGAGGGCGAAGUGCCGAAUCACGUGCAAGUGGUCGGCGGCGGAAGAUGCCUGGUGUCGUUCACGCCAGAGCAGGCCAAGACGCACUUCAUUGACAUCAAGUUCAAUGGGGAGACGGUCAGGGGGUGUCCGUUCGUCUGCGCCGUGGCGGACACCAGCCGCGUCCUCCUGAACCUUAGCAAUCUGGAACUAAUAGCUCUCCACCGUCCGGCGACAUUCCACAUCACAGUGACUGGCGGCGGAGCCGCUGAGCUAGCAGUGAGCGUCCGCGGGCCGCACGGAGAGCUGCCCGUGCGCGUGGUGGGAGACAUCAAUGCUGGCUUCACGGCUGAGUUCACGCCGGUCGCCGUGGGAGCGCACACGAUAAAUGUGGAGUACAACGGAUACCCGGUGCAGGGCACGCCGUUCGUGGCCAAGUCCUACGACGCCAGCCGCGUGUCCGUGGGCGCCGUGACGAAAGGCACCGUUGGGCGCGUCGUACAGUUCACGGUGGACGCCGGCGAGGCGGGCGAGGGAAAUCUGGAGAUCACAAUCUCCGCCAAGGGGCACAACAUUCCCACCCAAGUGCACCCGCAGGGCAACGCAAGGUUCGCCGUGUCCUUCAUUCCGGCCGAGGCGUGCGAGCACAUCAUCAACGUCUCCUUCAACAAGAUGCCCGUGCCAGGCUGUCCCAUCUCCGUGGCCGUGAGCGGCGGCGCCACCGGGCCACAAGUGUCCCUCGGCGGACCCGGACCCAUCCAUCAGCCCAACUCACUCGUGAUCAAUCACGAGGGCGGGCGCCUCGAGGACAUUGAAGUUAAUGUGGAAGGUCCUUUGGGGCAAUCCGUACCGGCCCAGGUUCACCUCACGUCCGACGGCAUGUUCAAGGCGGAGUUCGUUCCACGCUCAGUCGGUGAACACCGGGUCAAUGUGUCUGUCAUGGGACAGCCUACCGCCGGCAGCCCUUACUCGGCAAAGGUGUACGAUGUCAAUGCGAUUAAGGUGAAGAAUGUGAGCAGCGGCACAGUUGGGAAGCCUGUCACCUUCCUGGUGGAGACUUCCCAAGCUGGGCCGGGCAAUCUCGAAGUGACCGUUAACGGCGGAAGAGUGCCGACAUCGGCUCAGGCUCAGGGUCAGCACACCUACGCCAUCAGCUUCACUCCUCGCGAGGCGCAGAAUCACACAGUCGAACUCCGCUUCAAUGGGCAGAACGUUCCCGGAAGUCCCUUCAAUUGCAAGAUAUCCGCCGCGGCGCGAAUUGCUCCGGACACUGUGGACAAGGUCAGCGUUGGACGCAUCUUCCUCUUCAACGUAGAAUCCGACAUUGCACCCCAAGUUGAGGUCUUGGGCCCGGCCAGGAGGAACGUCCCGACUAAAGUCCUGCCAAUAGCUGGUGGCUUCAGCGUGGAGUUCGAGCCGCAGGACGUUGGCGAUCACUCGGUGGAAGUGCGACUGCCGCAAUCGGGCCACGUUGAGGGAAGUCCGUUCCUCCUAAAGGCCUACUCGGCCGAGAAGGUCAUCGUGACGGACAUUCGUCCGGGAGUUGUGGGCAAAAGCGUGAGUUUUGGGAUUAACGCUAGCCAAGCUGGCGCGGGCAAUUUGGAGAUAAUCGUGGCGGUGAAUGGCAAGAAUGUGCCCAAUUUUGUCCAGUCCGAAGGCAAUGCUCGCUUCAAGGUGAACUUCAAGCCAAUCGAGGCGGCCCCGCACCUUCUCUCUGUUCGUUUCAAUGGACACGCAGUGCCGGGUUCGCCUUUCUCCUGUCCCAUCACCGCGACGCCCACGUCGCCCAUCAAGGCGCUGGCCAAGGGUGAGUGCCUGAAGCAGGCGGCGGUGAAGAUGGACAACACAAUUCAGCUGGAGGGCUUCGAAGAAGUUGAACCGCAGGUUCUCGUCACGUCGCCAUCGGGAGAUAAUGUGCCGUGUCGCAUUGUGGCGCGCGAUCACGUUCACUUGGCGACUUUCCGGCCCACUUCCGUCGGACGCCACUUGAUCAGCGUGACGGUCAAUGACCAGCACAUCAACGGAUCUCCGUACUCGUGCAACGUCUUCGACGUCUCUCGCGUCUCCAUCAGCGGCCUCGAGCAGCACAGCGGCCCGGCCGCCUUGGGGGCACCUGUGACGUUCAGCGUGGACGCUGCAGGGGCAGGAGAAGGGACACUGGAGUUGGUGGUGUCCACAGCGACCAGCACCGUGAAGGCGGAAGUCGUGGCGUGCGCGCGAGGACUCUACGAUGUGACCUUCAUUCCGCAAACCAACGAGCCACACUUCGUCAACAUCACCUUCAAUGAUGUCCCAGUCGAGGGAAGUCCCUUCCACGUCGAGGUGCAGCAGAACAUUCAGCACUGCCAAGUCGGCGGUGUGGCAACAGUUGAGCUUUCUGCGGAGGAUCAACUGCUGGAGAUCACAACGCCCGAUCGGAAGCACGUGUCUUACUCAAUUGUCGGCGGCGCUUUUGGGGAGUUCCGCACGCACACUGUCGGCACGUACACGGUCAAUAUCAUAGACAGAGAGUCCCGAUCAAUUGUUGGAACGCGCACUGUUAAUGUCUUUGACCCGAGUCUCGUGAAGAUCGUCGAGGUUGGCGAGGCUUUCUGCCACAGGCCGGCAUCCAUUGGCGUGUCGAUCUACGACGCCGGCCAGGGAACGCUGACUGCCCUGGUUCGCUGCGGUGCCAUUGAAGUGCCGCACUCAAUCCGAGGACCCUCGAAGCUCGGCAUCUGGGAGAUUGUCUACCAUCCUAACAGAGUAGCGCCGCACAAGAUCAACAUCAUGUACAACGGCGUCCCGAUUUCGGCAAAACCGCUGGAAAUCACGGUCCUGCCGCCGGGAUACGCGAAGGAGACGAGUGUGCACGGAAUGGGACUGUAUCAGGCGCGCGUCGGCAAGACCACGUCCUUCACCAUUGACACUGUCGGUCGGCCGGCGAGGGAGUUCGACGUGGUGGUUUCGGGACCGGGAAGAGAAGCGCUGCCCGUGAGAUGCUAUCAGACGAAGGGUGGGCAUCUUCAAGCGGAAUUCACAACGCACAAAGUUGGACAAUGCUUGAUUGAGGUUCUUCAUCAAUCCAAGCCAUUGCCAGGAAGUCCGUUCACGUGUGAGUCCUUCGAACCCUCCAAAGUCACGCUGCACAGCGUCCCGAGAGGACUGGUCAAAGUCCACCAUCAAGUAUCAUUCACACUGAGCGAAAUGGACGCUGGCUUGGCGGAGCUGGAAGUCUUUGCUGUGUCUCCCAUCAACCACAAUCUUCCCGUGAACGUGAUGCAGAAGCGAGAUGGCAACUACUCGAUCGACUUCACGCCGCGCAUGGCCGGGCCGUACAAGGUGAACGUCCUCUACGGCGGGGAGCCCGUGAUCGGCACUCCGCUGACCUUCACAGUCUCCCCGGCCGGACAAUCACCGAAGUCCGACGCGCGGGCGUCGGGCAACGGACUCGAGGUGGCGCAGCGCGGCAAGGAGAACUCCUUCAUCGUCUACUGCCCGACGACGCCGAACGUUCUCGUGGAGCGCGCAGACAUGCAAGGCGAGCGAAUCGAGCCCAAGACCAAAUCUCUGGGCAACAACGAGUGGAGGAUUUCCUACACAAUCCUGUCCGUUGGACUGUACGAGAUCCGGGCGAGUUGUCCCAACAAAGGACCUCUUCCGGGAUCGCCUUGGACCAUCGCUUGCAUAGACACGAACAAGGUCGUUCCGGUGGGCGGCUGGGGACAAUUGCUGGACAACGAAGGGAGACUCGUUCUUCCCGCCAGGAUCAUCUUCGACACGAGUCAAGCUGGUCCAGGAGAGCUCUCGUGCGCAGUCGAUGGCAGAGAUCUAGUUGUAGACAAGCAGUCGGAUGACAAGUCCAGAAUUCACAUCCCUGCUGAUGGCUUGACGACAGGAGAACACAUCUUCGACCUGACUUUCAACGGUGUGCCUGUGACGCAGAGUCCUCGACAUGCUUACGUCACGACGCAGCAAAUUGCAGACAAAGUCGUCUUGACGGGUCGCGGCUUGGCUGCGGCUCAAGCCAACGAGCCGGCGCACUUCACAAUCGACGCCACAUCCGCCUCUCCUGGUCGCCCGGACAUCAGUCUCAUGUACCAGGACAACGUGGUCGUUCCGGUGACGCUCAAUCAGCCGCGCCCCAAUGAGUCCCUGUGGCACGCUUCCUAUACACCUACGCGGUCCUCGCAGGGACCGCUGAACCUCAUCGUGCGCUGGAACGGACGGAUAGUGAAGGGAUGUCCGCUGAGCGUGGCUGUGGGAUCUUCGGUGGACGCUUCGAAGGUCCUGUGUUCCGGCGAAGGACUGAGACAUGGAGUUGUGGGUCGCGAGAUCAAGUCCUGGAUAGACACUCGCCGUGCUGGUCCUGGAGAACUCACGGCGCACUGCACGGGUCCGCGGAAAGUCGCAUAUUGCGAGCUGUACGACCACGGCGAUGCCACGUUCACGCUGAACGUGAAGCCUCAAGAGGCGGGAAGGCAUCUUCUGACGAUUAAGUAUGGAGGGCAGCACGUCACCGGCUCACCGUUCUCUCUUCGUGUAGCCGGGGCGCCCGAUGCCAGCAAAGUGCGCGUCUAUGGUCCGGGCAUCGAGCACGGUGUCCUGGCCACGUUCCAGAGCCGCUUCAUCUGCGACACUCGCGGCGCUGGAGCUGGACAGCUGACGGUUCGCGUACGCGGUCCGAAGGGAGCUUUCCGCGUGGAAAUGCAGCGCGAGAGCCAGAAGGACCGCACAAUCCUGUGCAAGUACGAUCCAACGGAACCUGGCGACUAUCGCGUGGAGGUGAAGUGGGCAGGGGAGCUGGUGCCCGGCUCGCCCUUCCCGGUCAUGAUCUUCGACACCGAGGAGGAGCUGAGGCGCUUCAUGCAGGGCAUCUAGGGAGUUAAUGGCUAAAUGGUUCAACAAAGGGAGACACUAACACAAUUGCUGUAUUAUUUUCUCUUACAACGAUGUUUUUCUUUAUACAAAAAAAGCAAAAGUAAUUUUAUAUAAUAAAAUACAUAUUUGGUUAAUGAAU